GUUUUGGGUGCCCAUAAUACAAUGGGGCAAGAAGCUUGGUAUUCUGCAAAUGCUUUGGCCAAGCGCUUUAGAUACGAGAGUGCAAGCAAUUUUCCUAUAUAUCCACAAAGCCCAGGAGAGAAGGAUUGUGUCCACUAUAUGCAAAUAAGAACCUGUAUAUUUGGAGAUAGCUGCAAAUUUGACCAUCCUAUUUGGGUUCCUGAAGGUGGAAUCCCAGAUUGGAAAGAGUUCGCUCCUGGCCAGGUGUCUCUAUUCCAUCUGAGUUCUUCUCCUUUUCAAAGAUUUGGUUUUGCUUCUUCUGCGUCCCCCGAGACUUCUGAAAAAGAACAUGGGAGUAAUUCAGAGAAUAAUGGAGAUGCUAAAGCCUCCAGUCAAGCCACCUCUGAGCAGAGUGAUGUUGUUGAUCAGACAAAAGAAUCAGAUUCCGACGAGGAUUUGAGUGUAGAUGAUCUGGUGAAACUUGUGGCUGAGAAGGAAGAGCUUUCGAAGCAGAAGCAUAAAGAGAUUGAAAAAAUGUAAGAUAAAGUCCACAGAAGCUAUGCAAAAAUGGAGAAUGUCAUGGACAGGACACGACGUGAAGCAGAGAACUCGAAAAAAUUUGCCAUUCAGGUUUGGUA